AUGGCAGGAUUACCGCGGGUUCAAUAUGAUGGUAAAGAUGCUCGCAUCGAUCCUGCUGACCAGGAAAGCACUAUGAAAUACAUAUAUGACCAUAUCAUCUCUAGCUGUAUUCAGGGCCCAGAAGUCAUUGGCGAUGGCAUCAUCUCAUAUCGCAAAGUUACAAAGAACGAUAAUAUCAAGCAGACGAUAGAUAAACUGGAGAAUACCGAUUGCCAGUAUAUUUGCCUCUACUCCUACGGGCAGCACAUUCAAAAGAUGCUAAGUGUAGUGGAAAUCUUUAAAAGAAUUCUGUUAGGGAAGACUAGCUCUGUGAAACAAUGGAAUAGGCUCACCUGUUUCAUUCUUACCAAGGAAGGACGCAACGAGCUGCUUGAGAAACAAACUAGGAUACCGAUACUUAUAACGGUGGUCGAGAUACCCUCAACUUCGAUCCGCCCAUCCUUCGAAUUAUCUCUGAAAGGUUUUACGCAACAAUGA